CGGCGUGGACACCGCAGGACCCGUCGUCCGUCGGCAGCUCCCGCUCUGGAGGGAAGUGGAGACCAUGUCGGACCUGGAGGAGGCGGUGGACGAGUACGAGGAGGAGCAGGAAGCGGAAGGAGCUGUGGAAGAGCAGGAGGAGGCAGUGGAAGAAGAGGCUGGAGGCGAGGCUGAGGCUGAGGAGGCCAACGCCGAAGAAGAUGGAGAAGAAGAGGAAGGGAAGGAGGCUGAAGAUGGCCCGACGGAGGAGUCCAAGCCCAAGCCCAGGCUGUUCAUGCCCAACCUGGUGCCACCCAAGAUCCCCGAUGGGGAGAGAGUGGACUUCGACGACAUCCACCGGAAGCGCAUGGAGAAGGACCUGAACGAGCUGCAGACGCUGAUCGAAGCGCAUUUCGAGAACCGCAAGAAGGAGGAGGAGGAGCUGGUCUCCCUCAAAGACAGGAUCGAGAAGCGGCGGGCAGAGCGCGCGGAGCAGCAGCGCAUCCGGACGGAGCGGGAGAAGGAGCGGCAGGCCCGCCUGGCCGAGGAGAGGGCCCGGCGAGAGGAGGAGGAGAACCGGAGGAAGGCUGAGGACGAGGCCCGGAAGAAGAAGGCUCUGUCCAACAUGAUGCAUUUCGGAGGCUACAUCCAGAAGGCGCAGACGGAGCGUAAGAGUGGGAAGAGGCAGACGGAGCGGGAGAAGAAGAAGAAGAUCCUGGCCGAGAGGAGGAAGGUGCUGGCCAUCGAGCACCUGAAUGAAGAGCAGCUGAGGGAGAAGGCCAAGGAGCUGUGGCAGAACGUCUACGACCUGGAGGCCGAGAAGUUCGACCUGCAGGAGACGUUCAAGCAGCAAAAAUAUGAGAUCAACGUCCUCCGGAACAGGAUCAAUGACAACCAGAAAGUCUCCAAGACCCGAGGGAAGGCCAAGGUCACCGGGCGCUGGAAGUAGAGGGCAGCCUCCUCAGAGGCCGAGCCUCCUUCUCCCAGGACCUGCUUCUCAGCGUGUCCCUGCCCUGCCCACCCCGACUCCUGGGGUCCUGUGGGACCAGAGGCUGACAUCCCCACAGGCCAGGAGCCGGCCCCGCUGGAAGCCGCACUCCUGCCCGACCCCCCACGCCACGCCCAUCCCAGCCAGUAAUAAAGGCCACAC